CACGGCGGUGUGUGUGUGUGUGUAUGUGUGUGUAUAUGUGUGUGUGUGUGUUUCACAUCGGGACAGUCUUGGCUAGCUCGCUAGCAGGCAGGGCUAGCUGCUGCAUAGUCCAGUAUUCCAGUGAAGCAGGCGACUUAAAGCGAGGACUUGUUCUUGAAAUAACAAGAAAACAAUCCCGUUUCCAUGGACAACACGUCCAUCAUUACCCAGGUAGCAAAUCCAAAGGAGGAGGAAAUCAUUUCUUCGAGUCAAGAAAAAGUGAGCGAAACAGAUUCUCGCAGUCGAACAGCAGCUUAAAGAAACACAGGAGCAGGAGCAUCUUCAGCCCGUUCUUCUGCUGCUUCCGCAACUACAAUGUGGACCCACCGCUUCAGAACAACAAGACGUGUUCGCUGCCUCCACCUGCCGAGGAGAACAGCGGCUCUCCUAAGUGUGAUCAGGUCCAGGUCAUCCCUAUCCCCAGUUCUCCAGCCAAAUACCUCCUACCUGAAGUUAGCAUCACGGACUACGGCAAGAACUGUGUGGUGAUCGACCUCGACGAGACCCUGGUGCACAGCUCCUUCAAGCCCAUCAGCAAUGCAGAUUUCAUCGUUCCUGUGGAAAUCGAUGGAACAGUCCAUCAGGUCUACGUGUUGAAGAGACCUCACGUAGACGAGUUUCUGCAGAAGAUGGGUGAACUGUUCGAAUGUGUGCUCUUCACAGCCAGCUUAGCGAAGUACGCCGACCCCGUGGCAGAUCUGCUCGAUCAGUGGGGCGUGUUUCGUGCACGCCUCUUCAGGGAAUCCUGCGUGUUCCACCGAGGGAACUACGUCAAAGACCUCAGCCGUCUGGGUCGACAACUCAGCAAAGUGAUCAUAGUGGACAACUCGCCCGCUUCGUACAUCUUCCACCCGGAGAACGCUGUCCCGGUGCAGUCAUGGUUUGACGACAUGACCGACACGGAGCUGCUAGAUUUGCUGCCUCUGUUUGAGGGUCUGAGCAGAGAGCAGGAUGUUUACAGCGUGUUACAGAGCCUGAGGGCCAGGUAGCACCGACACAGAGACUUUACAGAGACUAUACACACGCCUCUACCAGAAACACACUCCAGCAUCGCCGGUCAGGCCACGCUGUCGCCUCGACGUCGUCUCUCUCUCUCACUCUCACACACAGGGGAGGACGCAUGGACCUCGUGCACCGAGCGGAGUGCAUCCCCACCCAGAGACAAGUGCACAGAAAAUUUGUACAUAGCAUAACGUUUCUAUUCUUGCCACUGAACAAGAAGGAAUUUUUGUAAAAAUUUGAGAUUACUAUCCUAAAGUUAUAUUUCAGAAAAUGGCCGAAACAUGUUACAGAGGGUUUGGAACAAGCCGUAGCGACUCGACCCUCCGGUUCAUGCUAUGCAGACAGUCAUUUCUCGGUCAGCCGUCUCCCCAACUGUGAUUUUCCUUUUUUUCUUAUCUAAAGAAAGUGCCUUCUGAACGUUUUUACGGACAUUAAAGCGACGUUUUUAUAUGCUGCGUAUUUCCAGACCUUUAAACCAAUAUUUGCUGUAAACCUCGAGUGGACAGACGAGCCUUUAUUUUAACACUGUUUAUUUAUUUUAUUUUUUUCUCUUUUUCCCACUGAUUUCCGCCAGACUUCAUUAAACUAAAUGAACUGUGAUUGGAAAAAAAAUAAAGACAUAUCUUAUUUUAUUUUUGGUAAAAAAAACAAAAAAACAAGAAAAAUAAAAAUCAUAUAAGCAUUGUCUUGAUGAGGAAAUUAGCAUCUGAGUGCAGUUUGAGUAAAUGACAUGGAAACUGUUCAUCAGAACUCGACUACAGUACAGUAUGAACGUUUAUGAGCAUUUAUCAGAAUCCAAAUAAAUGUCGCAAUCGAUAUCAGACACGGCUCGAGGCUUGUUGUCUUUUAAACCUUCACCAGAGACGAAGAAGAAAAUAAAAUUUUUUUCUAAAAACUUUACACGUCUGCCAUGUUCACUGUUCAGCCACACUGACUAAAGCAAAGUUCAGCUUGAGAUUUAUUUAUUUGUUUUAUUUGCUUGUUUCUUUGUUUAUAUUUGAGCAGAGGACAAACGUUAUUUAUUCAGUUGUUUAUUUGUCUGUUAAUCCAUUCUCGAGGGAUAAAUAAUUGUUUAUUUUUGUUUGUUUGUUUAUUCAUCCAACUUUGAGUGACGGAUUUGUUUAUUUGUCUGUUUUUGUUUUUACAAAAUACGAGGACACAAAAUCAUACAAGGCCCCAGUGUUAGCAAUUAAAUCGUUGUACAUUUUAUCCAUUUAGAGUUACGUUGUUCUUGAACGCACAAUAAACGUUAUCAUGCAAA